AAUGCCGACUUGUUCUUGGUCAGACAUGGAAAGGAGCGUUCACAAAACAAUCCCGCUCGUUCCUCUGUAUAUAAACUCGCUCUGGCAACAGCUCUUCUUCCUCUUGCGAUCAAUUCCUACAAUGUCAUGUUGAUCCUGAUCAAAAACUAUCUCGAGCAUACGAAAGCGCUCUGUCAUCACCCCAGCGUACGCAGCCAUGGCCGCCCCACGCGAAAAUUACAUCACCAUCGCGGCCCAGAAGCAGGCCCAGAGAUGGAACGCCAUACCCGCCGAGUGGCGACUCCCAGCUGAGCUUCUGCCGAAGCCAGGUACCACCAAUGUCAUGGAUGUGCCGCUCACCUGUGGCAUCCUCGACAAGACGGACAUCGCAAUCACAUCCGGCUUUGAUGCUACCGGGCUGGUCGAAGAACUACGGGCAAAGAGGCUUACGGUUGAGCAAGUCACGAUUGCUUUCUGCAAGACAGCGGCGAUUGCGCAACAGCUGACAAAUUGCCUGACCGAGAUAUUCUUUGACGUAGCCAUCGCCCGUGCCAAACACCUCGACGAGACUUACUCAGCCACGCCUUCCAACGCCCUGCCCCCUCUCUUCGGCCUCCCCAUCUCCCUCAAAGACUCCUUCGCCGUCCGGGGCCACGACACCUCCACCGGCCUGGCCUGCUUCGCCAACCAGCCCGCCACCGAGCACAGCAGCCUCGCCCGACUGCUCCUUGACCUCGGCGCCGUGCUCUACUGCAAGACCAACCUCCCGCAGACCAUCCUGACGGGCGACUCGGACAACAACCUCUUUGGCCGCACGCUGAACCCGCGCAACACCAGCUUCACCGCAGGGGGGAGCACGGGGGGCGAGGGCGCGCUGCUCGCGCUCCGAGGCAGCGUGCUCGGCGUGGGCACCGACCUUGGCGGGUCGAUCCGCGUACCGUCCGUGUGCAACGGUCUGUACGGCCUCCGGCCUAGUGUCGGCCUCGUCCCGCACACUGGCGUGCGGGACCUGAACCCGCCUGGCACGAAGGAUUUGCUGUCGAGCGCGGGGCCGAUGGCGACGUCGUUGCGGGAUAUUGAGAUGUUCAUGAGGGUCAUUAUGCAGGCGGAAGCGUGGCGGUAUGAUCCUGCUGCGGUGGGCGUGCCCUGGGUGGGUGGGAAUGCGGUCGAGGCCGUGGCGGAGAAGACGAAGAAGGUCAGGAUUGGCGUGAUGUUGGAGGAUGGAGUCUUUACGCCUGCGCCGCCUGUGAGGCGCGGACUUCGAAUGGUCAUGGACAAGCUCGCCGGUCAUACUGAUCGGAUCGAGCUUGUGCCUAUCGAACUGCCUGAUGUACAAACCAUCUACUCCGAGUUUGUCAGGUAUCUUGUCAUGUGUGGCGGCCAGCACUACCUCGGUCUCUUUGCCCAGACCGGUGAGCCGCCGGUACCGUCUGUCAAGAACGCCAACAUUGACUCGAUCCCUGCCAUGAACGACCUGCAUACGCUGCGGGAGUUGAACGCUCGUCGUGAAGUUAUUGCCCAAAAAUAUCACGCUCUGUUCGUGGACAGCAAGCUCGACGCGAUCCUGAUGCCUCCCGCGCCCCAUACUGCCAUCCCGCACGACACCUGGAAUAGGCCUGCGUACACCUGCCUUUGGAAUUACAUGGACUACCCGGCGCUUGUAGUGCCCGUGGACAAGGUGCGGGAAGGUGAGGAUGAGGCCGAUGACUUGAGCCAUGCCAAGUACGGCAAGCAUGACGAGGAUGUCUACAAGUUGUAUACUGGUCCGAAGGAGUACCGGGACCUUCCGAUAUGUGUCCAGCUCGUAGGCUAUCGACAACGGGACGAUGCGUUGCUGAAGGUGGCCGGGGUGGUGGAUGACAUUGUCCACAAGCGCGAGUAGAUUUUGGUUGAGGGGGCUGGUACCGAAGUAUGCGGGCUAUCAC